AUGGCACACUCCUUCCAUAUCCCGCCUUCUAAGGCACACCUAAAAUGGAGCAACGCCCUCGCGCCAGUCCUCACAGUACCCUCCGGCGCCGAGAUCACAUUUGAUCUCAAAGACGGCGGGAACAACCAGAUACGCCCUGACAACGAGGCCACGUGCCUCUCAACCUUCGACCUCAGCCUUGUAGACCCUGCCUUUGGGCCUAUUUACGUCGAAGGCGCUGAGCCAGGCGACGUGCUCAAGGUCGAGGUCCAGUCCUUAGCGACAGCAGACUACGGCUGGACUGCCAUAUUCUCAGGAUUCGGUCUGCUUGCCGACGAGUUCCCAGAGCAGCACGUCAAGAUCUGGGACAUCGCCGGGAAGUCGCUGCUCCCCGGGAUCACAGGCACAAGCGGUCCUCCCCGGGCUGUAUUUAAGCCUGGGAUCUCCGUCCCUGUGCGGCCGUUCCUGGGCGUUUUGGGCAUCGCGCCGGCCGAACAGGGCGAAUUCAGCACCAUUCCUCCCUACGCGCUAUCGGGGGGCAACGUUGACACCAGGUACCUGGGAGUGGGGUCUACGGUCUACUUUCCUGUGCAGGUGCCUGGCGCUCUGUUCAGCUGCGGGGAUGGGCACGCAGCCCAGGGCGACGGGGAGGUCUGCGGGACGGCCAUAGAGACGCCGAUGAAGGCAAGUGUCAAGCUGAGCGUCAUCAAGAAGGAUGCGGAAGGCUGGCUGGAGCUCUCGUGCCCGCACUAUACUACGCCGCCGCGGACGGGCGAGGUCGCCGAGGACGACCUGAAGGGGACCUACGCUGCUCUGGGCAUCCACGCGGACCCCAGGGAGGCUGCUAGGAUGGCACUUCGAGGCCUCAUUGACUGGCUGGAGAAGACCAAGGGCUUGACGAGGGUAGAGGGCUAUAUGCUAGCAAGUGUCGCUGCGAGUCUGCGGAUGACAGAGGUUGUUGACAUGCCCAAUUUUGCAGUUUCUUGCUCUAUCCCGUUAAGUACAUUUGAAUAA